AGCCAAAAUGAUGACAACUGUAUCACUGUCCAAAUAAUUAUGGACCUGACUGUACAUUACAUUCAUACAUUACUAUUUAGCAGAUAUUUUCAAAUUCAAUGUUUCUUCAUGUUUCAGCAGCGAUGUGGUUAAUGUGUGGUUAGUUUUAGGCACAAAAAACAGUUAUGGUUAGGACAGAAUAAUGAUUUGGCUUGAAUUACCCGCUUUCCCUACCAACACCUACAGGUCACGAAAAGACACCAUGUUUGGUGGCUCCUGGGAAUGCUUGUUAGUCUUAAACAGUGGUCUGCAGCUUGGCAGGCUUUUCGCCUUGGUGUCACACUAUCCACCAUCCCCUCCACCUCCCGAUGACUAAGUCAGCUCAUAUACUCUGUCAUUUUAGAAACUUUGAUAUGAUAGUCUGAAAUGUACAAAUGUAACAUAUCUGUGCUUUGCCAACACAUUCUCACUCCGCCUUUGUCACACAUUGACAUUUGGUUAUAGACUUUCCACGUCCAUAUAUGACAUGCAAGGUACCCUAGGUGCAUUGGUUGUUGAUAUUCUGGGGUGCUGUGUUACAUGCAUUGUCUGUCUUCUAAAUACACGUCUGUUUUCACAGGAAAUUUACCAUUUACAUACAGUCCCUUUUAAAAUUCAUACUACGCUGGUAUAAUACUGCAAAUUGAUUUUUUUUCCUUCAGCAACAAAUGCACCAUGGUUACGUUUGCCAACACACACAUGUGGAUGGGUUUUGGGCAACAAAGGCACAUGGUUGGGUUUAGGACAAAAGAACAGGGUUUGGCUUGAAAGUCAGUGGUUGUUGUACCCAUUUACUACCCCCUCUGCCCACCCUACUCUGACUUGCGCUGCCUUAACUUUCAUUAUUGUUCCACCGUGUCUCCCCUUGACACCGCCGAACAUGAGUCAUUUAGCCCAAAUCUAAUGGAUAUGGUGCUAUAGUUCAGUGUACUGUGUCUUUAAAUACUCUGUUUAAAAAGAAAUUAAAGUACAACUCAGCAUCAUUCAGCUAUCUUGAGUUGCCCAGUGAUAUGAACAUGUACGAGCUGUGAACAUGGGAACAUUCUCCAUAGCUGCCAUCCAUCCUCCAUGAUGUGAAUACAGCAGAGAGCUCAGUGAGCAGAGUUCAUAGACUGCAUAUAAAGGUGGACAAUAUGUCUCACUUACAUCCAUCGGACAAACAUGAAGCCAAAUAUUCCUGGAUUCGACUGUUGCCAUCUUUCGCUGAUGACAACAUCUGGAGCCAGAGUCUGUGCGGUAGCUAUAGGGAAGUGGAGCUGCGGUAUGGAGUUCCCGCAGAUACACUCGCCUAACCAAUCACACACACACUGACUGGCACACAUGGGUAAUUGACUAAUUAAAACCAGACUUAUGACAGAAACCAUCUUUAGGAGAAAUGUAUUUGACAUUUAGCUGUUUGUUUGGCCCAUGUACCUUCUGCUAACAUGGAGGGGGUGGGGUUUGUGGCUGCUGAGACUGAGUUUUAAUUUAACAGUGAAGUUGUUUCCAACAAAAUCUAAAUCCUGCAAUAGAAUGCUGUAGUUUUCUUUCCACAGAAGACAUUUUACCUUGUCAUCACCUUUAUUUUCUUGUUAUCACGCCUCAAAAUGUUCAUAUAAACAUAACUGUGUGUUGCCUCUGAUUCAUAUUUAAAGGGGUAGUUCGAAUUUUUUGAUUGUAGGAGGUAUUUAUCCGCAGCCAGUGAAUUACCUCCAGUAGAUGGUGGUCAGUGUAUCGUAUUGUAUUAUAGUUUUGGAGAAGCAGGUUUAAGUCUGACAUUGAAGCUAAGCAAUUUACUGCAGACAGUGAUUUCCAGCAGGAAAAUGAAGCUGUUAUAUCUCUCUCCACACUCCAUUGAGAAAACAGUGAUUUAACACUGCUGAGCACAGGAGCUGCUGGUCUACUGCUGCCUCACAUAAUAUGUUUUUGGCUAUAACUAAAGAAUUCCUAUGCUGAUAAUGUAAUGUGAAUUUCACACAAAUGUUAAAUAGGAUAAAAUAAUGAAAUGAUGACAUUUCAUAUCCAAAAGGUCAAAGAUCAGCUUCACAGUGACACUCAUAAUGUUCUGCAUAAAACACUUUUAUGGCCAUUACGCAACGUUAUAUCUCAGUAACAGGAGGGGAGACAUUUAGUCAGAUACUGAAUUGGUGACACUAAUCUUGAAACUGUGCUGAUUGUAUAGAUCUGCGUGUGAAGCAUCUAUGUUUUCACAGACAUGGAUGUAGACUUAAAGAGGAACUUGACUGCUGUGCGGAGGCAUACAACCACAGGGUAGUAAUUCUAUUUUUUUGUGUGUUAUUGUGUGACUUUGGCGUUUAAAGUCGUUAGUUCAGAUUCACCAAAGUCACACAAUAGCACAAACUAACUAACUGAUAGAGGCAGCCGUAGACCAGCAGCUGUUCAGUUGUCAGUGAGCCCCAAAUUAUUGUUUUGUCAGUGGAGUCUGGCGGCUUUGAACAGCCAUUAGAACAUGCUGCCUGACAGAAAGUUAAAGCAGUAAAAUACCCUCAAUAUAGCCAACACAGUUACAUCGGUUACAGAUUUUUUUUCAGGUGGCUAAAGUACUUUUUGCUGCUGACCUCUCCACAGCAGUGUAUUACUUAGUUUCUAUGUCAAACUCAAGCCUGCUUCUCCAAACUGGGGGUCUGCUGACUGCCAGCUACUGUAGGUAAUGCUUUACAUUGACUACGGGUAAGUGCCUCAUACAGCCUUACUUCAAAAAAUUAAAACUAUCGCUUUAACAUCAACACUGCUGCUGUAGGCUCACUAUAACGCACAGUUUAUUACUGCUGCACUUACUGAUAUGUAUCAGUGUAAAUAUGGAAUAAUAUACCUGUGUGUUUAUGGUUCUGUUUAUAAAAGAAAUGGGGUUUAUAUCAGAGUUAAAUGCACAAACUCUGGGGUUUAUAUGUACUAUGAGAGAAAAUCUGAUUUAUCAUCAGAGAGACGUGCUGUUGAAUCUGCACUGAUCUCCAUUUAGGAUACAUGGUGAUGGUUUUCAUUUUACUGGGAAAUAAUUUUGUCUUUAUUUUUUAAAAAUCUGCUCUUUUUAAAUAUUCAGCUAAAUAAGGUGUUUUAUUGUUUAUAUGCCAGUGGACCAAUGUGCCUGGAAAUUUGACAUCAAGCUGUCACAUAUUUCUGUAUUUGUAUGUUUAUACCAAUAAAUACUGUUUCACUGUUCACUCUCCUCCCUCCCUCCCUUUCUCUCUCCUCCUUCAUAUAUAAGCUGUUGAAUCCUUCUUCAGUCUCAUUUUGUUGAAGACGCUUGGAGGUGAAAUCAGACACGUUGUACUCCAGUGGAUAACAGAUUAUCUCUCUCCCUGACACCUCUCUGUGCGUCGCUGGAGGUAGUGUUUUCCUUUGUUGUUUUUGUCCUGUCCCCAGCUCGACCCGUGGACUGGUCCUCAGCACCAUGGACAGCGCCUUGGACAGCCUGGACGCUGCAGGUUUCCUACAGAUCUGGCAACAUUUCGAUGUAGAUGAUAACGGUUACAUCGAAGGAAAGGAGCUGGACGCCUUCUUCCAACACAUGCUACAAACAUUUGGAAUGAAGAGGGAGGAGAUAAAUGAGGAGAAAAUCAGAAGACUGAGAGAAAGAUUCAUGUCUGCUUAUGACACUGCAGGUGACGGACAUCUGCAGAUGCAAGAGCUGGCCACUAUAAUGCUGCCAGAGGAGGAGAACUUCCUGCUUCUCUUCCGCAGAGAGACACCGCUGGACAACAGUGUGGAGUUCAUGAGGAUCUGGAGAAGCUAUGACACAGACAGCAGCGGCUUCAUCUCAGCCAUCGAGCUCAAGGGCUUCCUCCGGGACCUUUUCUGCCAACACAGGAGGUCCAUCACCCCUGAAAAACUGGAGGAGUACACUGACACCAUGAUGAAGAUGUUUGACAAAAACAGAGACGGUAGACUGGACUUAAAUGACCUGGCCAGAAUCUUGGCCCUGAAAGAAAACUUCUUACUGAAGUUUAAGAUGGACGCUUGCAGUCAGGAAGACAGGAAGAGAGACUUUGAGAAGAUUUUUGCUCAUUAUGAUGUUAGUAAGACAGGUGCAUUGGAGGGCCCUGAAGUGGAUGGAUUUGUGAAGGACAUGAUGGAGCUGGUGAAGCCCAGCAUCAGUGGCACAGACCUGGACAAGUUCAGGAAAGCCCUGAUGGGUCACUGCGACAUCAAUGGAGACGGCAAGAUCCAGAAGAAUGAGCUGGCUCUCUGCCUCGGCCUCAAACUCAUCUAAUGGGCCGUCACAGCAUUUACACUCUUUCCUCCAUCAGUAAUCAUUUUCAGCCUCCUCUCUUCCAUCAUUUAAAUGUCUCCUUUCUUCAUACUUUCAGUUUUAAUGUGAAUCUUUUACUUUUUCCUCUCACCUGACUCAGUUUUUCUCCUGUCCUGGUUUAUUAAAGUGUAUCUCCUCCCCUACUGGCUCUCAGUUUGGCUUUAAAAGGCCAAUGUAGCUACAUAUACUAGGCUCAUUGAUAUAGCACAGUGCAUUUAUAUUAUUUCAUAUUUUUUUCUGUAAUAAUAUUCCUAGUAUAAGUAGAAAUUGUGUGCAUUAAAUGUGUA